AUGGGUGCUUCUUUCCUCCAGUCAUGUCCCCUCGCCGGUUUCUUUCUCGUCGCAUUAUUUGCCUCAUGCUUCUUUCCUGAUCCUGCUCUCGUCGCCAGUGAAGGCGUGACCAGACAUUACAAGUUCAAGGUCGUGUUGCAAAAUGUAACGCGUUUAUGCUAUACCAAAAGUAUGGUCACUAUAAAUGGGAAAUUUCCGGGCCCACGAGUCAUUGUCAGAGAAGGCGACCGACUUCUAAUUGAAGUGGUUAACCAUGUCCCAAACAACAUCUCAAUUCAUUGGCAUGGAGUUCGACAACAUCAGUCGGGAUGGGCAGAUGGUCCUGCAUACGUGACUCAAUGCCCGAUACAAACUGAUCAGAGUUAUGUGUACAACUAUACCAUUGUAGGCCAAAGAGGCACUCUUUGGUGGCAUGCGCAUAUAUCAUGGUUACGGUCAACUCUCUAUGGUUCUCUUAUCAUCCUUCCGAAACAUAAUGAUUCUUACCCAUUCGCCAAGCCUCACAAAGAAAUCCCCAUCAUCUUUGGUGAAUGGUUUAAUUCAAAUACCGAGGCAAUCAUUAGUCAAGCCCUACAAACUGGUGGUGGACCUAAUGUUUCCGAUGCCUAUACCAUCAAUGGACUUCCAGGACCAUUAUAUAAUUGUUCUGCCAAAGAUACAUACCGUCUCAAAGUGAAGCCAGGAAAGACUUACCUUCUUCGGUUAAUCAAUGCUGUACUCAAUGAUGAGCUCUUCUUUAGCAUUGCAAACCACACGCUUACUGUGGUCGAAGCAGAUGCUACUUAUUUGAAACCCUUUGAGACUGAGACACUCCUAAUAGCCCCUGGACAGACCACAAAUGUCCUUAUUAAGACAAAACCCUACUACCCAAAAGCCACUUUCCUCAUGACUGCAAGGCCUUAUGUGACUGGUCUAGGUACAUUCGACAACUCUACCGUUGCCGGCAUUUUAGAAUAUGAACCACCACUGAACGAACCUCAUCAAUCUCCUUCAAUUAAGCAACUUCCGCUUUUUAAACCGACUCUCCCACCUUUGAACGACAGAGCCUUUGCGACAAAUUUUACAACUAAGCUCCGGAGUCUAGCAACCCCACAAUUUCCCGCCAAUGUUCCUCUAAAGGUUGACCGGAGGUUCUUCUUCACAGUCAGUCUCGGAACUAUUCCAUGUCAGGGCAACCAAACUUGCCAAGGACCAUAUGGGACAAUGCUUACAGCUGCUGUUAACAAUGUAUCUUUUACAAUGCCGACCACUGCCCUCCUUCAAGCACACUACACUGGUCAAUCGAACGGAGUCUACAGCCCGGACUUCCCGAGCCACCCGAAAUCCAUGUUCAACUUUACUGGCACCCCACCCAACAACACAAAUGUGGGCAAUGGAACAAAAGUGGUGGUCUUGCCUUUUAACACCAGUGUUGAGCUUAUUAUGCAGGACACGAGCAUCCUUGGUGCUGAACGCCAUCCCCUUCACUUGCAUGGGUUCAACUUCUUUGUUGUGGGACAAGGAUUUGGCAAUUUUGACCCAAAUAAGGACCCUGCAAACUUCAAUCUUGUUGACCCAGUUGAGAGGAACACUGUGGGUGUGCCUUCUGGGGGUUGGGUUGCCACAAGGUUUUUAGCUGAUAACCCAGGGGUGUGGUUCAUGCACUGCCACUUGGAAGUUCACAGCAGUUGGGGCAUGAAGAUGGCAUGGCUUGUCUUAGAUGGGAAGCUACCCAAUCAGAAGUUGCUUCCUCCACCUGCGGAUCUUCCCAAGUGUUGAUUGACGUCUCAUUCUCUCUUUGGGAUUGACUUUACUGAAUGCUUUUCCUUCUUCUCUUUUUUCGGUUUGGGUGAUUGUAUUUCGUGAUAUUUCUAUGGCCCUCUUAACUGGCUACGUAAUCGGGA